GUGCCAGUAAAGGUACCCGGGGCCCUAAAUGAAACUUUUGCUUUUCACUCACCACGAGCCGCGCCUUCCUCAUUCGUCCGUGCGUUGCCUCGAUCUCUUUUCUCACCCGCACACCGAAUAGAAAUUUCUAACACGCCCACUGGCUUCUUCACAUCGGCAUAUCAUUCGACACCCACUCUCGAGCCAUAUCUGCUCGUAGAAGGUAAGUAUAUAUUAGGAGCAGGCGUCUAGUAACCCCGCUAACAGCACAGUCUCCCAGGUCAUCGUUUAGCAUGGAGGCGCGUCCGUUCCGCUUCCUCGAUUUACCGACGGAGGUCAGGCUCAUAGUCUACGAGUAUCUGCCGAUCAAGACACGACACCGGCAACUGGGCCCCAAGGGCGAGGAUUUCUCUUUUCUCAAACUUAUCACGAAGUCGAUCCCUGGCAUCUCCAUUCUCGCAACAUGCGGUCAAAUCCACGCGGAGGCUCUCCCGAUUCUGGAGCCAAGGAUCUCAACGCUCCGAAAGGAGCCUGUCAGGAUCCUUAGCGACUUUUGCAUGCCUGAUGAGAGCGGACUGAAGGGCAUCCUGCAGUGUCUUACCUAUGACGAAGCGUCGUGCUCAGGAAACGCGGAGGUCUUCGAAGCCUUGCAACGACCGGGAGGCGACAUUCGGACCCACGAAGAACUACACGAAAUCCUACAGGCCAGUAUCCGGGACAUUGCGCCAGGUCGACAUGUCCAGGUUUCUCUCGCCGCUUGCUUAGACUUAGGCUACGUUACCGAGAGGGAAAAGCCGAUGUUAUUCGCGAUGUGGUAUAGCGAGCUCUGGCGGUGGGCACGGAACAAGACUGAGAUCUGGGAUGAAGAGACUGGAAGGUGUCACACAAAUGAAAAGCGACAUCGGAAGGUUUCAGUGUCAGUUCGACCCUGUUUGACGUCCACAGCAUUGCAACAAGCUCUCGAAAUGGAACGUCGUUGGGACUCAGGUGUUGGACCACCUCGCGUUGGCAGAACAAUCGUGGUCGAUGAGAAAGAGGGGAUUAAACCCGUGGAGUGGGAGGAUGACUGGGAGGAGGGAGAGAAGGUCUAAGGCCAAGCCUCAAAUGAGGCAUUCCAAGGAUUGGAGCCUACCUUUCAGAGGGCUUCCGCCUCAGAAAACGAUGCUCGGUUCGUUC